CCACUCGUCGCCACCUCGUGCAUCACCACCUCCCUUUUGAACGCGGUACUGUCAAAGCAGAGUCAGUCAAUAUGAUCGUGCGAAAGGCGUUGAUGCUCUUGUUCAGUCUGAUGUGUGCAGCAACGGACUGCUGUACGAUCGACCCGAAGUUAACUUCUCUAAGGGGAGGAGGAGGGCGCCAGGCUUGGAUACAGGACUUUUGUCGCACCCCAGGCAACGAGUUCUUCGCCGAGGUCCCGUUGAGCUUCAUACGCGAGAGCAUGAAUUCAAUCGAUAUCGGAAGGGGGGUGGAUAUACCGUACAGACAAGAAGCGCUCGGAGUGAUUCUGGGAGAGAGAUUUCUAGUGAGCCCACAGGGGUUAAAAGUCGUGCUCGAAAAGUUCUCCAAGGCAGACUUCGGGAGAUGCCCCAGGGUUUAUUGCCAAGGCCAGGCCGUGCUUCCAGUUGGAGAAUCGGACAGACCAAAGCAGAGUUCUGUGAAGGUGUUCUGCCCGCGCUGCGGUGACCUUUAUUAUCCGUCGGGAUACGUGCGGGCAUGCGACGGAGCAUUCUGGGGAACAACUCUGCCCCACCUCCUGUUGCUGGGCUGGCCAGAGCUGAAGACUACGCCAAACACGUCUCACUACGUGCCCAGGGUGUUCGGGUUCAAAGUACACGCGGAGGAGUUGAGUGCUUCAGAUCAAGACGGUCACCAAGAGAGGUUAUCGUAGUAGCGAAGCUGCAGGGGCGUAGACGAAGAGCGCUUUGUACAGGUGAACAUCAGUGCUUCGGUAUAUCGUUGGAAUCGAGAGCAGCAGUGACACCCCCCCUGCUGUGGGUAACAUGUGAAGACGACGACUUGGUGGUUGCUGGGGGUAGGUAAGCUGGAAGGAGGGGCAAAUGAUGCAGAUUUUUGUGAUACGAGGAGAUUUUGGUUAGCUAAAUGACGAGGGCAUCGAAGGCUGUAAUUGCAGGACACACAGCUCCCAUGUUCGACCGUGCAUUUGAGCCCCACGCAAAUUUCAAAGCACAGGAAAAGAGCUGCCGGCGCCGUAUGUUGUAGAUCUCACCGAGAGGUUUUGGAGUAUUGAUCAUUCGGUGAUGGGGCAGUCUCGGAGGUGAGGCCAUCGGUCCAAGGGGGUGUAAUAGAAAUAGACGGUAGUCAAACAAGGCAUGCAGAAGUAGAGUGGGGUAAGGUUUAGUUGGGUUUUCUUUGCGUUUCCUGCUGUCAAUAGAGGCGAGAGUGAUGCGGAUAAGGCCAAAUGCUCUAGAUUAACCUGGG